AUGGUGUGUCGUAAUUGGUAUUUGUGCUCGAAACAAACGGUGCGGCGAAGAAGUGGAUCUCCAUUGCUGAUCCUGUCUUCAGAAGAUGAUUGUGUGCUGUUCAACCCGGAAGAAGAUAGGGUUAACAAGUCAACGAGAGACCUUUCAGGGACUCGAUUCCUAGCAAACUCAGGUAACUGGUUCCUGGCCCUAGAUUCCGGAUCAAAUCUUUACAUCGAACAUGCGUUCAGCGAGAAGAAGAGGAUCAAUCUUCCACCUCUAGAGUCAAUUAAGUCUGACCUUUUUAGUCUUAAGCGAGUAGGAGAGAAGGAAUUCAACGAGAGAGCAGUUGGUGGUUUCCCAGAGAAAGGGUUUAGCCAAAGGGUGAAAGAUCUGAGAGGGCUUUUGUGGGUGGACGAAAGGAAGGAAGAAUACACUGUUGCUUGGUUUUUUGACAAUGGUGCUGAAUAUAUAGCAUUUUGCAAGAACGGGGAAGAUUGUUACCGUACCAUUCCAACACGGAUUGGUGUUCACUUUACCUCUCAAGGCAUAUCUGAUAUGGUACUCCGGGGUGACUUUCUUUACGUCUACACGACUCUUAAAUACGUUCGACUCCUGGAUUUGUCUGGACAUGAAGGUUUCAUGCAAGUGACCAACAGGAGUUUUAUAUUACCAUUUCUCCCAGCUUUUCCUCCGAGUUCUGAGGAAAUCACAUAUGCAGGUAGGUUAAAGGUUAACUACAACAUUGCUGUUACCAGAUCCGGAGAAGUUUUGUUGGUUAAGAGCAUGGUUUUUAAGGCAACCACCUCUGACAUGAUGCCUAAGAGAAUGUUCCACCUCUACAAGACAGAUCCUAAUCCAGAUUCGGAAGAUAUUCUCCACCGAGAGAACUUGUCUUUUGAGGCUACAAAAUUUGCGAACAAAUUGGUGGUUAAUCAGGAUGAAGAGCUUGAAGAAGUGAAGGCGGAGCUUGAAAAAACGAAGGCUGAGCUUGCUUCUAUUGAGGGCAAGGCUGAUAGUUCUGAGGAAAUAGCGGCUCUGCGCGGUAAGUAUGAGGCUGAGAAGAAAGUGUCCUCAGAUGCAUUGGAAGAAGUUCAAAGACUCACUGCAAAAAUAGCUCUGGAAACUGGACGGGUGAAGAAGCGUCAAGCGGCCGACUUGGAGCGUUUUAAGAAGGAAAAAGAGGUGGCGGGCAGGAGGUAUCGCAGGGCAGUAACGAGACAUGAUGAUGUGCUUGCUACUUUUAAUUCUCGUAUGGAAAAGGUGCGGAGGUAUAUGGAAAAUCAGAAGGUUGUUCGCACAUCUAUGUAUGGAGUGAAUCAGAUUGUGGGAGUGCUUGAUGCUGCCAAGACUUGGAAGAAAGAGGCAAUAAUUAUUCCUGAUGGUAAGGUUAAGCAUCUUGAGAAUGAAUUGGUCCGGAGGAAGGAGAAGGCAAACUUGGUUGUUCGUGUUGAGUUUGAACCCAAGGAACUGGCUGAUAUCCCUUCCUUUGAUUUUACUCGUCCACUUUCUCCUGUUCAUAUGACUCUGACUGCGGGGGUUGAAGAUGCUGCUAAGGCAAGAGGGAAGGAGGAAAAUCGUCGUCGUGAGGAAGCAAGUCGUCGUCGUGUGGCUGAGCGUGCUGGUGCUGUGUCUUCGGAUGUGAGGCGUGAGGGUCAAGUUCCCUCCCGCCCGUAGUUUAGUUCGUGUGAUCGUCAAGGCCCUGCGUGGCUGCUGCUAUCUUUUAUUUUGCUGCUUUUUUUUUUAGACUUUGGUUGUUAUGAUUUGAUCAUUUUGAUCUCUUUCGGAUAUGGAUGGUGGUCUUCUUGUUGGUUUGGUUGU